AUGUUCAUCAUAAAGAUGAUGGCUGGGUGUUGCAUGUCCGCCGAAGAAAGGGAGUGUCAAAGAAUUAAUCAAGAAAUUGACAAACAGCUCCGUCGGGACAAGAAGGAUUCACGAAGGGAACUUAAACUGCUUCUAUUAGGGACUGGUGAGAGUGGAAAAAGUACCUUCAUUAAACAAAUGAGAAUCAUUCAUGGCUCAGGAUAUUCAGAGGAAGACAAGAGAGGCUUCACCAAGCUGGUAUACCAGAACAUAGUGCUGGCCAUGCAGUCCAUGAUUAGAGCCAUGGAAACGCUCAACAUUCCUCUGGCCAAUCCGCAGAACUCAAGCUAUGCUGGUUUGCUGAAUGAACUUGAGGUGGAUAAGGUGAUGACUCUGGAUCCUGAGCACGUAGACGCCAUCAGGAGCUUGUGGAACGACGCUGGCAUUCAGGAGUGUUACGAUCGUAGGAGGGAGUACCAACUCUCUGACUCAGCCAAAUAUUACCUCAGUGACCUGGACCGAAUCGCAGUCCCAGGUUAUGUGCCCACCCAACAGGACAUCCUGAGAGUGAGGGUUCCGACGACGGGGAUCAUCGAGUACCCCUUUGACCUGGAGAAUGUCAUAUUCAGAAUGGUGGAUGUGGGAGGUCAAAGAUCAGAAAGGAGGAAAUGGAUCCACUGCUUUGAAAACGUCACUUCCAUUAUAUUUCUCGUGGCCCUGAGUGAGUACGACCAAGUCUUAGCGGAGAGCGAUAACGAGAAUCGUAUGGAGGAGAGUAAAGCCCUGUUUAAAACCAUCAUAACGUAUCCAUGGUUCCAGCAGUCCUCAGUCAUUCUCUUCCUCAACAAGACUGACAUUCUGGAAGAGAAAAUCGCUUAUUCCCACCUCGCAAACUACUUCCCAGAGUUCACUGGGCCAAAGAACGAUUCCAAAGCAGCCCGGGAGUUCAUCCUGAAGAUGUACCAGGAGCAGAAUCCGGAUCAGGAGAAAACCAUCUACUCUCACUUCACCUGCGCAACAGACACUGAGAACAUUCGCUUUGUCUUCGCCGCGGUCAAAGACACCAUCCUCCGACACAACCUGAGAGAGUUUAACCUGGUUUAA